AUGAGCGGAGAAAAGAUCUACGAAGGCGUAUUCGCCGUCCACAAACCCCAAGGCGUCACCUCCGCCGACGUAAUCCGCACCCUGCAGAAACACUUCAACCCCUCCAAGCUCUUCGCCCCGUGGCUGGAGAGCGAGCGUGCGCGCCGCGACCGUGAGAACCAAUACCAGCGCCGGCGGCGGCGCCAGCAGCGGCUGGAGCUGAAGAUCGGCCACGGCGGCACGCUGGAUCCGCUGGCGACGGGCGUGCUGGUUGCGGGCGUCGGCAAGGGGACGAAAUUCCUGAACAAUUUUUUGGGAUGUACCAAGACCUACGAGACGGUGGUGCUAUUUGGCGCGGAGACGGACAGCUACGAUGUGAUGGGGAAGGUGGUGCGGCGGGCGCCGUACGAGCACGUCACGCGCGAGGCGGUCGAGAAGGCACUCGAGCAGUUCCGGGGCAAGAUCAUGCAGCGCCCGCCUAUAUUCAGUGCGUUGCGGGUGCAGGGGAAGCGAUUGUAUGAGUAUGCAAGGGAGGGUGUGGAGCCCCCCGUCGAGAUUAAGGCGCGGCCCGUCGAGGUGUUGGAUUUGAGGGUCGUCGAGUGGUUUGAGCCUGGCACCCAUGAGUAUCAAUGGCCCGAGGCGGAGGUCGAGGGUGAGGAGAGGGAGGUGGCAGAGCGGAUGUUGAAGAAGGAUGACGCUGUGCCUGCGGUGGAGGCUGCUGUUGCUGAGGGGGAGGGAACAGAGGCUGUUGCCGAGACAUCGGUUAAGCGUAAGGCUUCUGCCUCUCCUCCUCCUCCUCCUCCUCCUCCUCCUGCUGCUGCGGCUACUGAGAGCCCUCAAGUUGAGGAAGGUAGUAGUAGUGGUGCUGCUACUGCUGCUGCUGCUGCUACUACGGUGGCGGCCGAGGGUUCUAUGGAAGUCCCUGCCGCCAAGAAGGUGAAGGUGACUGAGGAAGGCGAAGGCGUGCCUGCGCAGUCCGAAGAGACGGCAGCGGAGCCCUCCAGCCCCGAGAAGAAUGUCACUUCAGCUCGGCCCCAGCCCGCCGCGGUCAAGAUCACCAUGACGGUCUCGUCUGGCUUCUACGUUCGCUCCUUGGCGCACGAUCUGGGUAAGGCCGUGGGCAGCUGUGGCAUGAUGAGCGCCCUGGUCCGCUCCCGCCAAGCCGACUUCGUUCUGGAGCCCGAAAAGGUGUUGGAGUACAAGGAUCUCGAGGCCGGCGAGGAGGUCUGGGGUCCCAAAGUGAAGCAGUUUCUGCAGGAGUGGGAAGACAAGAGAGCUGCUGAAAACGAGGCCGAGACAAGAUAA